AUGGAGAAAUAUCAAAAACUCAUGGCAAUCGGACGUGGGUCGUAUGGUGUUGUGUGGAAAGCCAUGAAUAAGCACACCGGUGAACUGGUUGCGGUCAAGAAACUCAACGACGAGUACAAGACGAUCGAAGAAUGCAUGAACCUACGAGAAGUUAAAUCACUCACCAAGAUUCUGAAUCAUUCGAAUAUUGUAAAGCUCAAGGAAAUCAUAAGAGAAAACAACAGGUUGUUCUUGAUAUUCGAAUACAUGGAAUGCGAUCUCUACCAACUUAUGGUUGAACGAAGAAAGCCGUUUUCAGAACCCGAGAUUAGAAACAUGUGCUUCCAAAUCCUUCAAGGUCUUGCAUACAUGCAUUAUAAAGGUUACAUGCACCGCGAUCUCAAACCGGAUAACCUUCUUGUUUCCAAGAAUGUAAUAAAGAUUGGUGAUCUUGGUUCUACCCGCGAGACGAAUGGUGAACAACCAUACACCCAUGAUAAUGUUACAACACUAUGGUAUACUGCUCCAGAGGUUUUUCUACGUUCGUCGUGUUAUAACUCUUCGGUUGAUAUGUGGGCAUUUGGUGCAAUCAUGGUUGAGUUAUACACAAACCAACCGGUUUUUGAUGGUUCUUCUGAUGCGGAUGUAAUGCAUAAAAUCUGUAGCGUGUUAGGCACCCCGAAUGAAAGUACAUGGCUCUCGGGAUUGGAUCUUGCAAGAAAUGUGUUGUAUCGGUUUCCAGAUUUUCCUGGCAUGCGGUUUUCUGAAUUGUUGCCAAGCGCAAGCUCUGAUGCGGUUAAUUUGAUUGCUUCACUUCUUUCGUGGUGUCCAAGUGAUAGGCCGACUGCCAAGCAAGCGCUUCAGCAUCCAUUCUUCCAUGGCUGUUACCGUGUGCUACCAACAGCACGUUUGUAACAUUCUUAAUUCGGUGCCGCUAGAGUUCAAAUGGGCUAAGCAGUGGGAGUUGUUGAAGGAGAGAAGAAAAGCUUAAAAAGUUGUAAGGAAAGAGUGGAUUCAUAUGAAGGUUAGAUUCUCAUGGUCCAAUCAUUACUUCCAUUGGACUUUAUGGAGUAAUAGAAAUACUAGAACUUAUAGAAAAUUGACUGUCAACUUUGUUAAUGGUUUUAUUUGGUACACAGUGUACUUGUCUAGAAUUUGUUUUGGUAUGAUAUAUUAUGGAUGACAAAUUGAGGUAAGAUUUUCUUUGAUGUCUAUACAUUUGAUUUCAUAACAUUAUAUAAUAUAUAUGGUUUG